AUGCGACGGUCCCUCAUAUGCAUCAUCUUUGCAGCAGCAUUCGUGCUGCACUCUUCUGGCACGUCGCCUGUGGAGCUGUCUGAAGACAACUCCUUGGAGCAGGACGCAUUCACCUCCAUACUGAGCGAGGAGGUGACGGAAAACAACCGCGGCGAGGCUGAGGGCAAAAAAAGAGGGCAGCGGGUCAUCGUUGUUGCCGAUCCGAGUCUUUGGCGUGACCUGCGAGCGCUGCGAAAUGGACUGCCCCUCUACAAAAGACGAGCUGAUGACAACAACCAGGACCUGAACAUCCCCAUCCUGAGGCGGGACACCAUGAGAUGCAUGGUGGGACGAGUGUACCGGCCAUGCUGGGAAGUCUAG